AGGUGGCGGUGGAGAUGGAGUAGGCGGUGGUGGAGGAUUAUUGUAAUAAGGUGGCGGUGGAGACGGAGAAAGUGGUGGUGGAGAUUCGUAAUGAUAUGUUGGAGGUGGUGGUGGUGGUGGUGGAUGAUGGUAAUAAUUUGGUGGGGGAGGUGGAGAAGGCGGUGGUGGAGAUUUGUAAUAAUGUGGAGGAGGUGGUGAUGGUGAUGGAGGUGGAGGUGGAGGUGAUUUAUAAUAGUGAUAACGUCGCGGAGGCGGUGGUGGAGGUGAUUUAUAAUAGUGAUGACGUCGCGGAGGAGGUGGCGGAGGUGAUUUAUAAUUGUGAUGACGUCGUGGAGGAGGGGGCGGGGGUGAUUUAUAAUAGUGAUGACGUCGCGGAGGCGUUGGUGGAGGUGAUUUAUAAUAGUGAUGAUGUCGCGGAGGCGGUGGUGGAGGUGAUUUAUAAUAGUGAUGAUGUCGCGAAGGCGGUGGUGGAGGUGAUUUAUAAUAGUGAUGACAUCGUGGAGGAGGUGGUGGAGGCGAUUUAUAAUUGUUACGACGUCGUGGAGGAGGUGGUGGAGGUGAUUUAUAGUAGUGACGACGUCGUGGAAGAGGCGGCGGGGGCGAUUUAUAAUAGCAACGACGUCGUGGAGGAGGUGGUGGAGGCGAUCGUGGCCUAUAAUGGUAUGACAAAGAUGAUGAAUCAUCAAUGUGGGGCUUAUAAUCAGCUGCUACACUAAUGACUAUCAAGCAAAAGGCAAAAGCAUAAACAAGAAGGGGCCAUUGCCUCAACUUUGAUGGUAUUCCCAUAUUGGA